CUGUCGUUUUUUUAAGGAUAUUCUCAGUGCAAAGGCGAAGAUUUGAGACGAAAUUAACGUUCCCCGUACUUUCGUGGGAUGUUAACUUAAGAUUGCUUUUUUGGGGAAGAUUAAUUAGUAGAAAUAGACGACAGAAACAAACAAAAAAACAAAAUACAGCUUAAAACAAUUGCUCUUGGUGUGGUGGCAAGCAAGGCGCAGUAGUAGUGGUUUAAAAGUGCGAUAAAUUGUGAUAAAGUGAUAUGAAUAGUGCUCUCGCAUCGCUGUCGCAAGUGUGGUGUAGAGAAUGAAAAGAAACAAGUUAACGUGACGACGAGAAGAAACCAUACUCCUUCCGUAAGAAAGUGAGAGAAGAACCGCAGCGGAAGAAGAAAUCAUCACGGCAUCGCGUCUCAAGUCAGGACGGGAAAAACGGAAACACAAUUCCACACACACACAUAUCCACACGCAGUUUGCAGUGCUCCAAAACCCCCUAACGAAACGAAAACAACACCCCCGAUCGUUGUCAAGGAGACGGUGCUUGAUGUUUUUUUAACCUGUGUGUGUGUGUGCAUUACAUGUGCGUGUGUAUGCGUGCUGUGUUCGUGGUCUAUUAGUUUCCUGCUUGAAAGGAACAGUUUUGUUGAAAGUCAGCUCCCCGAAUUGAAUGGGUUUGGCGUUUGUUCCGUCGAUUGUUUCCUUGAAUGUGAAGCAGUUCUGAAUGCAUUAGUGUUUGGAGUGCGCGUGUGAGCAUACAAAUUGGAGCGUCGUCAUUAAUGAUAAGCUUCGUGUGGUGCAGCGAACGAAAAAUCAAACGCUCAUCAUAUUGAGAAUGGAAGUGUGAAUAUUGCAAAAAGGAUACACAGCUUUAGUGCGUACACACGUUCUGAUUACCGCGCUGUAUGGUAUAUAGUGCAAAGUGAAAAUCAAGUAAAAAAGCGCCAUCAGAAAACACACUCCUUUUUUGGUGGUGAAGCAGCAAGCGCGGUUGACGAAAGCGGAGUGUAAGGCUCUAAUGUUGGAUGCACAAUGGCCACAUCACCCACACCAUCCUUAGAUUCGCUACCGGGUGCAUCCAAUUCCAUCGGUUCGUUCGGUGAACCCGCCGACUACCUGUCGGACUCUCCGCUAACAACGCUGAGCGGUGGCUCUGGCACGACCGGUUCCUCCCCGCCGGCCAGCGAUUCGGCGAUCUGCGACGACUUUGCGACUUCCUCCAGCCUUGAGUCCGCCCAGUCGAACAACGGCUCGUCGGAAUCGCUGUUUCCGCGCUGCACCGGCUGCAAAAGCAAGCAAUCGGAUGCGGUAGCCAAAUGUAUGGACUGCGACAACUUUCUGUGCGCUAACUGCGUUACCGCACACCAGUUUAUGCACUGUUUCGACGGCCACUCAGUUUACCGCAUUACGGGCGGCGGUUUGGGUAGUGUUGUUGGCGGCGGCGGUGGUGUCAACACGUUCGGCUCUAUUGGAUCGCUCGCCAACGGGACGAUGGCGGCCAACACGGUCACAACGACUGCUCCGACCACGCCAACGCUGGGUGGAUUGCUGGGAGGCUGCCUCGAUGGGUCCGGUCUGCUUGCCGGCAGCAUUCUGGGCGGCGGCACUGGCGGCAAAAUGCUCCAGAUGGGAGGCUUCGAUUCGGCCCAUCCGCGGCUGAGCACGCUCAAUCUGACCAUCAAGGACGAUGCUAGCAGCCUGGUAAAAUCUAUCAUGAACAACGUGAUAACGCCCCCGACAUCUAACGGUGCCCCUGGUAGUGGCAGCAACAUCAACAAUGGCAACGGUACUGGCAACAACAACAGCAACAACAACAACAGCAGCAGUAAUAGCAGCAGUAGCAGUAGCAGCAGCAGCAGUAGCAGCAGCAGCACAAGCAGCAGCAGCGGUGGCAAUGGCAACAGCUUGAUGAACCAGGUCAACAGUCAGCUUUCGGCCGUGAUGCAGCAAUCAACCGGCUUGGGAACGGAUUUGCUGCUCUCGAACGGCCUUGGCAGUGGUGGUGGUGGGAUACUUGGCGGGUUGUUGAGCAACGGCAGCAUUGGAUCCGGGUUAGGCGGUGGUCUGCUGGGCGGAAACAAUAAACCGAACUACUUCUGCAAGCGCCAUCCCAGCGAGCUGCUCAAGUUCUAUUGCCGCACGUGCAGCGUUCCGGUGUGCAAGGACUGUAUGCUGCUGGAUCAUCCGAAUGGGCUGCACGAUUGCGAACACAACAGUGACACUACGCCGAAGCAGAUUGAAAGCUUGCUGCACACCGUGUCGGAAGUGCGCGCCAAGGCACAGGACCUUCGAUCGCUGAUCAAGAACGUCGAGCACAGCGGGCAGCGUAUCCAGCUGCAGUAUCACAAGGCGCAGAAUGAGAUCGAAGAUACGCACCAGUUCUACCGCUCGAUGGUGGAUGAACGUAAGGCGGAGCUGCAGAAGGAGCUGGAAAAUUUCUACAACGCAAAGACGGUCUCCCAGUCGGAGCUGCUCAAUCGCAGCCAGGACCAUGUGGACAAGAUGCUGCAAAGUUGCGAAUUUGUCGAGCGUCUAACGAAAUGUGCCGGCCCCUCCGAGACGAUCAUGCUGCGCAAGUUCAUGGAAAACAAGCUGAUGCUCUUCCCCGCGAUCACACACGACCUGCAGGCUUCGUACGAGCUGGAGUUUGUUUCCAACUAUCAGGCGAUCCAGAUCGGUGUCCGCAACACCUACGGCUACAUUCGCUCAAAUGCAGACCUGUCCAGCGUCACGACGAAACAGCCACCCAUUGCACGUCCCACCUCAACUACGAAUGGAGGUUCUCUGCUCGGAGGCAAUCGCAGUGCCAGCCCAUCCAACAGCAGUACCGGCAGCAUGAAUUUGAUGUCCCACCAUCAUAUGAGGAACGGCGAUGGUCUCAUGAACGGUGGCAGUGGUGGAGCACAUCUGCUCGACCAUCACUCGCACCAGCGCCAUCAGCAGCAUCAGCAACAUCAGCAUCAGCAGCGAUCCUUCGGCAGUUCUUUGGUGAACGGUGGUGGCCACGGUGUGAACGGUGGUGGUUUAUCGACGUCUCCGCUGAGCGGGUGCGGUACAGGAUCCAGCAUGGUCAACGGACUGUCGGCAGCUUUCGAUACAACGAACCUGAUCUCCAAGCGGUUCAACAGUGCUAACAGCCUCGGUCCAUUCGUUGGAGAGCCAUCGAUUGGGCAGCCUAUUGGCAAUGCGUACGAAAAGUGGAGCAAUGGAGGUGGAACUGAUCUGUUCAACAACCUCUCUGAUCAGUACACUAUUCCACUGAAUUCUAUUGGCGGUGGAGGCGGCGGUGGUGGUGGAGGCGGUGGCGGCGGUAGUUCGGGUGCCGGUGGACAGCAAGACCCAUCGGCAGCGAUGAUCGACCUUACGGCGAAGCUGAUGUCAAGUUCAAUGUUCCCGCCCAAGAGCCAAAUCAAGCGUCAGAAGAUGAUCUAUCACUGCAAGUUCGGCGAGUUCGGCGUGAUGGAAGGCCAAUUCACCGAGCCGAGCGGUGUGGCGGUAAAUGCACAGAACGACAUCAUCGUCGCCGACACCAACAACCAUCGGAUACAGAUCUUUGAUAAGGAGGGUCGCUUCAAGUUCCAGUUUGGCGAAUGCGGCAAGCGCGACGGUCAGCUGCUCUAUCCGAACCGUGUAGCCGUUGUGCGUACGUCCGGUGACAUCAUCGUGACGGAGCGCUCGCCGACGCACCAAAUUCAGAUCUACAACCAGUAUGGCCAGUUUGUGCGCAAGUUCGGCGCUAACAUCCUGCAGCAUCCGCGCGGCGUUACCGUGGACAGCAAGGGCCGUAUCGUUGUCGUGGAGUGCAAGGUGAUGCGUGUCAUCAUCUUCGACCAGUCCGGCAAUGUGCUGCAGAAGUUUGGUUGCAGCAAGCAUCUCGAGUUCCCGAACGGGGUCGUAGUCAACGACAAGCAGGAGAUCUUCAUCAGCGACAAUCGAGCACAUUGCGUGAAGGUGUUCAACUACGAGGGCCAGUUCCUGCGGCAGAUCGGUGGCGAGGGUGUCACCAACUACCCGAUUGGCGUAGGCAUUAAUGCCAGUGGCGAAAUCCUUAUCGCGGACAAUCACAACAACUUCAACCUGACCAUCUUCACACAAGACGGGCAGCUGGUAUCGGCCAUGGAGAGUAAGGUGAAGCACGCCCAGUGCUUCGAUGUGGCCCUCAUGGACGACGGCAGCGUGGUGCUAGCGAGCAAGGACUACCGGUUGUACAUCUACCGGUACGUGCAGGUGCCUCCGAUCGGUCUGUAAAUACAUUCGCCUGCACCUUUUCAACCCAAAGUCUGACAUCUUCCAUGACAACCGCCAAAAGAGGUAGGCAUCCUACAGACAGACAGUACCGAAGGCAAAUGAUGUGACAGAGCGAGAAGGGUCGUCUCAACACAGUUGGUGAAUGUACAUGAAUGUCCCUAUGUGUUAUUUUGUACUAGCCGUAAGAAUAGUUUGACAUUUUAAAAAGCAAACAAACAAACAAACAAACAUGCACACAUACCCUCCUCUACUGACGACACCUAUCUCUAUGCUGCUGUAUCUUAUUCGUGGAACAUCUGUAGGACGCUAUCCGCUUUUAUUGUGCAAACGGAACGAAAUUCGAAUUGAAAGUGCAUCGACGAGAUUUGUGAUAGUUCUUUACCCCAUUGAAUUGUGUUGGGUGCUAGCAUAAAAGAUAUAUGUAUCGCCAGCACCGACCGGAAGCGAAGAAUUCAAGCAUACCACAUAAUUCUCCAGAGCGUGGUGUGUGAAAUGCCAACAUCAACAUGCAUAGGACGAACAGGCAAACGAUCAGAAGUGAAAUGAAUCUGCAGUGGUUUAACAUUUUACGGCUAUCAGGAUUGUGUAAAGAACUGAAAAUAUUUUCAUACAUGUAUAUAUAUAUGCUAGUUUAUAUAUAUGUGCGUAUGAAUGUAUGUUAAACUGUGUGCGCGUGCUUGUGUAUUUAGCAACUAACGAGUUCAACACAAUGCUCAGACGGAUAUGCAUCGAACAAUCAGACUUGUACUGAAUCAAACAGAUCUCCAAAAACAAAACAGUCAACUGAAAACGAAAAGAUUGUUUUAGCAUCGUUAAAUUUAAGCAUCUUUGUCAAGUAUAGUGAAAGUUAGGCGACGGUAAUAAUAACGUGGCGCAAUUACAUGAUGAACAAAGGCGUUAAAAGAACGGAAGAGCGCUAGGAAGACAAGAAAGCAAAUAGACAGAAAGAGAAAAAGAUAAAGGAUGAGAUAGAAUUGUCAUCAUGCGCUUCCUAAAUUGCGAGAUUGUUGUUGACAUAUCGAAUUUAGCACAAAAUGUGUGUGCCAGCUGUGCUGCUACUGUAACUGCUAGAGAAUACCACACUAACACCUACAGACACGCAUACCACACACACCCUGGCAAGACGUUCACUGUCAAAAGAGGUGCGCUUAACACGUUUGAGUAGCAACAACAGAAACUAUUCACGAUAACGCCAAAACAUAGACAGCCAACAACGCUCAACGCUUCUACGUUAUCCGCAAACGCCGGAGCAUAAACGUCGAGUGUGCGUCCUUAGCACAGGCAGCCUUUUACUAGGAUCUUCGCUCAACGUGCCGAUCAGCUGAGGAGAUACGAUCAACAAAAUAGAAGGCGGAUACGGUCAUAAGAAGCAUCCGUGUCAAGUAAGAUGUGUUUGUUUGUCCUGUUGAUUAGAUCCCACCCAGGUUCUCAACUGUAGCAGAUAACGUGUUUUAUUUAAAUUACGCGUUGUACAACUAAGCUUUUGUUUGUUUUUAUAAUUAUUUUUACGUUUAAUAUUAUUAUUAUUAUUAUUAUAUUGUGUUAUCUGUGCGACAAAAACUGUUUGAACAAUAAUUUUUAUGUUGUGUAUAAUGCAGCGUUGGCUGGUGCGCCUGCAACACCCCAACAAAAAUAGAACGCAAACGAGCCGGAAUGCCCCAUUUUGGCGACUGCAACCACAUUAUGGGGUCUGAUUUUGUUUAACAUUGCAAGGAUAGCGCAAACGUUCGCAUCCCAAAAAAGGUUAUCGAAAUGAGAGAAUGACUGAAUCAAGUUCGUACUAAGGGCAACUUUGAUUACAGUUCGUUGAGCGGUAGUCGCAAAUAAGGUACUUUCAAUUUGACUGAGUUGCUCUGCGCAGAAGACUAUUGUUGACAUGUUUUAGUCCUUGCUUAAUAUAUUGUAAUACCUAGUCUUUAAUGCAUCGUGUUCUGUAUACUUUUUUUUUAACUGCGAAACCUUUACAAAUGACUCGAUUCUCAUAAAAGAGCCCUACAAACUUUACGAAAUGUCGAUCCAAGCGAUCGUUUUCAAUAAGACACCAUUCCCGAAUGGUACUCAAACAGUAGGAGAGAAACUGAUUUGAUCUUUUGUGCUCAGCAGCAGCACGUUCUAGGAAUAAUGAUAACGAUGACGUUCAGCAGCUGCAUCAAAAGAGUCAAUGUAAUAUUGAUACGAGUACGUAAUAAUUAAAACUCUGCUUUCGUAUAUUGGUUUAAGCGGAAUUGUAAUAGACUA